AUUUUGGCAGUGAGAGCAUUAGUUGUAAAAUGUGAGAUGGGGAGUUUGCCCAGAUUGACAAAGAAAAGCACUUUGAGCCUAUCAUUUCAAGAUAUUUUAAGGCUGAAAAGCAAUGUGGGUAUGCUAAAAGCAAGGCAGCUUAGUUGUUGGGGUUUUUAACAGGAGUGACCAUGACACAAGUAUGAACACUGUUAAAAAGUUGACUUAGCUUAUGUCAGACCACAUCUAGAGUAUUGUGUACAGGCUUAGUUCCCAUGCUUCCCCAAAAAUGAAUAGGCUGGAAAAAGUGCAGUGAAAAGCAACUAAGAUGAUAAAUGGUAACAUAGAAGAUCAGGAUUUGAACCUUGAAUUUAAAUUUGAACCAGAACCAGAAUUUGAACCAGAACCAGAACCUUGAAUUUGUGUGUGCUGAAAUAUGAUGGACUUAUAGGAGAUCUGACUAAGGGAAGCAAGAUUAUGAAGUGAACAGGCAAGUUAGAUUGACAUGGAGCCCUAGAAAUCACACAUAUACUUUGAGGAAGCCUGUUUCAUCUAGUUAAAGGUAGAAGCAGAACUAUGAAGAGACAUUAUUGAGUCAAAGAAUAGUGAAUCUUUGGAAUUGACUAAGAAGCAAAGUUGUAGGAAGUCUUUCUCUGGCAGCAUUUGAAAAUCAUUGGUACAAGUUUUAUUGGCCUAAAUAUCUCAGUUAUAGCUAAAUUCAGGCAGGUCAGGUGGUAAUAUUAAUCUCAAGGAUAUGUGCAAGACCUGAAGAGCUAUGUGCAAAACCUGUACCUUGAUAGGCCCUUGUGGCUCUUUGUUGGCCAGAUGUCUUUAUGUGUGUAUGCAUGUUAAAGCUCAAGCAUAAGUGUGGUAUUGAAGUGGGUAUAUUUUUGCUUGAUUUUCACAAUGCAGCAUUUUUGUUCCCUGAAACAUUGAGUCUCCAUGUAUGUCAAUAAGGGGAGGCAAUCUUAAACUUGAGGCAACCAAACUUGGUCACUGUACACUCACUGAAGUCUCUGGGGUAAGCACCAUUGCUCCAACAUUCCUCAUCCAAAAUGCCUAGAGUAAAGCCAAGACACGGGAAAAGACUAUAUGGAAAUAUGCCAUAUUCCCUUGACUCGACUCUGAUACACCGAGUGAGACUGUACCUGCACGAGUUGGGGGACGUGAAAUACGUGGAGCUGGACGAACUGACCGACUACCUGCAGGCCACGCACCGCGAGUACAAGCACAAGAAGAAGCUGGCCUUCCGCAUUCUCGUCCAGCGAGCGUACGAGUACGUCGCUACUGAAAUGAAAGACCAGUUCGCUUCAUCCAGCAGCUCGGAAGAGGAGUCAGCCGAUGAGGAAAGCCAAGCGAAGUCGGACGAGAACACCAUCAACAACUCGCUGACGGAGCUGUACACGCGUCUGCCGACCAUCACGCGCAGCGGCGAGACCACGGAGGAGGGCGGCGUGGAGCUGGGUGACAGCGUGUCCGCCUCGGCCGGCGACGAGGGGGGCGACGGCGACGGCGACAGCAUCUUCGUCGACCGGUACACAGGCGCAGCGUCCGAACGUCCGGUUGUUUCCAGUGACGCGUUGGCACAAUGUCACCAGCCAAACUGCUCACCGAUUCCAUCGAUCCCUUUUCUGGACCAUGUCAGUCUCACGCAUCGGGACCGGAGCGUGCCGUCCCGCAUCGGGGGCCCGGGGCCUCCUGCCGUGACGCGUCUGCUGGCUGUUUGCAGCAGCGGGGUGGCGCCGGCGGGACCAGACCAGGCGGCCGCCCUACCCGCCAAUCCGCCGGUGGAGCGGGACAAACCAGAGAAGACACCGAAGCCCGGCAAGAGAAAGGUGGUCGAAGAGGAAAACGACUUCUUCAAGAGGAAAAAGUCGUUUCCGGUGGAGAAGUCCUCAACUGAUUUCGACGAUGUGGGCGGCAACGACAAGGCCCUUAUGUCGAUCUGCGACCUGCUGGAGGACUUCCUUGACCCGACUCUGUGUAGCGACGCGACGGCGGCCUUCUCGCGAGGCGUCCUGCUCCACGGGCCGCCCGGCUGCGGCAAGUCCCUCAUCGCCUUCGCCGUCGCCGGGGAGCUGGACCUGCCCAUCGUGCACGUGGCCUCGACGGAGCUGGUGUCGGGCGUGUCGGGCGACUCUGAGGAGCGGAUCAGGGACCUGUUCCUGCAGGCCAAGCGCGCCGCCCCGUGCGUUCUCUUCAUCGACGAGAUUGACGCGCUGACCUCGAAGCGACAGAACGCACACAAGGACAUGGAGAAGCGGAUCGUCUCGCAGUUAAUCAGCUCCUUCGACGAGCUGGGCAAGUCGGGCUGCUCGGUACUGGUGGUGGGUGCCACUAACCUGCCAGACCAGAUCGACGCCGCGCUCCGCCGGGCCGGCCGCUUCGACCAGGAGGUGGCCCUCGGCAUCCCGGACGCCGCCGGACGGCUCGGCAUACUGCAGGUGCUGUGCCGUCACGCCCGGCUGGCGCCGGACGUGGACCUGCGCCAGGUGAGCCGACAGACGCCCGGCUGCGUGGGCGCCGACCUGCGGGCGCUCGUCUCUGAGGUCACCCGGCUCGCCAAGAAACGGGUUCGCAGUCAGGCAGGCGGCGCUGGCCUGUCGGUGCCGGAGGGCGCCGCGCCGGCGCCGGCGCCGGCUCCGCUGGCCGUGGCGCGCAGCCCGCGCCUCCAGCUGCUGCGCGCCCAGCUGAAGGCGCACCUCGAGACGUUCCAUGAGAAGAUCCGAGAGAAGCGGACCGAGCUGGUGGAGCUGAGGGCUGAUGACUUUGCCGCCGCGCUGAAGAGGCUGCAGCCGUCGUCGCUGCGUGAGGGCUUCAUCACGGUGCCGAACGUGACCUGGGCGGACGUGGGCGCGCUGAGUGACGUCAGAGGGGAGCUCAACGCCGAGAUCCUGGACCCGGUGCGUGACCCGGAGUAUUACGAAAUGCUGGGCCUCACCUCGCCGUCCGGUAUUCUGUUGUGCGGCCCGCCCGGCUGCGGCAAGACGCUGCUCGCCAAGGCCGUGGCCAACGAGGCCGGCAUCAACUUCAUCAGCGUCAAAGGCCCCGAGCUCUUCAACAUGUACGUCGGCGAGAGUGAGCGGGCGGUGCGCACCGUGUUCGCUCGCGCCAAAAACUCCGCGCCCUGCGUCAUAUUCUUCGACGAGAUUGACUCCAUCUGCCAGAAGCGCGUGGCGUCGGGUGACUCGGGCUCGGGCUCGCGGGUGGUGAACCAGCUGCUGACGGAGAUGGACGGCAUGGAGACCCGCCAGGGCGUCUACCUGAUGGCCGCCUCCAACCGGCCGGAGAUCGUGGACCCGGCCAUACUGCGACCGGGCAGGAUCGACAAGCUGCUGUACGUCGGCUUACCGACGGCGCCCGACCGUGCCGACAUCCUGAGGGCCGUCACAAAGGCGGGCAGCCGGCCGCGGCUGGCGGCGGACGCGGACCUGCUCUCGGUGGCGGCCGACCCGCGCUGCGACGGCAUGACCGGCGCCGACCUCAGCAACCUGGUGCGCCAGGCGGCCAAGGAGACGGCUAGGGAGCGGCUGCUCGAGGUGCACCGGCGACACUUCGACGCCGCGUUCCAGCGCGUGCGCCCCUCCGUCCGGCCCAAGGACCGGCUUCAGUACGAGGAGAUGCGCCAGUUCUGCUCCAACUGGACGACACGAGACGCCGGCUGAGUGCGUGUCGCCGCUGUGACUGUCCAUACGCUCAGACGUUCUCAAUACAUACCGGUGGUGAUG